AAAGCACUUAAAACUCUUUAAACCAUUGCUGGCAUUCUUUUAAACGCGCAUGGAUACGUUGAAAUUUACUAAACUUGCAAGACAAAAGAGCAGACGAAAUGUCCCUCAGAUUCAACUCUCGGUAAACGCUUGUCUUUCUAAACCCGUCCAGAAAAAGGUGAAACCCGUGGACGCGUUCGUGGUGAAAAAGUCACUUACACAGGUGUCUCAAAGGAUUCAAUACAUUGAAACAAAGUACUGUUCACUUAUCACAGACUGUGACCAAGAAUUAAAAAAACUCACGAAUGAAUUUCAGUUUUUACUACAAACAAUUGAGAACCUGGGACUAACUGAUCUUCAUGAAUUGGCGGUAGAACGGAGCCGCGCUCCAAUGGGAAAGGAAGAACUGAACGGGACAGUCCUCUUUUUUGAAGACUAUUUUGAUGUUACUCGUCUAUUCGAUUAUAUUCAACAACAAUGUCUACGUCUACUACGCCUUAUGCUGAUACGAGAAACGGCUUGUCAACAGAACUUGGUUGAGUCAUUUGUUAAAACAUUGGAUUCUUUAGAUUCAUCUCAGAACACUUGGUACAAACAAGCCUUAGACAAAUUGAUGCCUUGCACGGGUGAUGCUGAAGCAUACGGCAAGAAAGCGUGACUUUGAUUUGAUAGUACAUUUUUCUUGAGGUACGAAAAACAUACACUUACCCAAAACUAUGCAAUCGACCAUGUCUCUCAAGGUUAAUCGUAAACCGGAACCAGUCCAUGAACACGAUGAAGAGACUUAUUCACUUUGUCACAUAUAAAGAUGUAAGGAUGGGUUUCUUCUUCGCUAGCGUUGAAGUUUGGCAUAACUAGGAGGCUUCAAUCGUUGAGUAAUUGUCUUAAUGGUCCAUACUGGCAUCAAACUAGUGAAAAGAAUGAUAAACGAACUCCAAUAAAACUUUGCUUCCAAGAGAAAUGAUAAAUCAUAGUAGUCCGCCAAAAAGGGUAUACUUAGAAUGUACAUGAGUAGUGUCAAUAAUUCAGCCAUAAUAAUUGUCGUGUCCCUAAAACUUGUUAGUGGCCUUCUUUCAACGGAAGUGGCAUAAAAAAUGGCAUACCAUCUGUUUAUCUGUAAAGCGACCAUUAUUAAUUCAUUUAAUAUUAAAC